GAAACGAAUAAGAUUGAAGGGGAAAGAGAUUUUGAGGAAGUGCAUUGUCGUCAUGGUUUCAGCGAAGCUUGACUCACUAAAAUGUGCCGCCCGCUUCAGGAAAUCAUCGGCGCGAGUCAAGCUUGCCUCACAUACGGCUCACGAUCGGUGUAUGUUUAUGUCCGUCCUGACACACUACAGGCUCAAUCACGUAUUGACACAGAGCAUGGGUAUGGCGGAAAAGAUUUCGCUGACACUUGGCGGACCAAAAAGGACACCGAAGCCAUCAGCAACGAACGGCUUCAAAAGAUCUCAUGCCGCGUUUCGAGAGGACGAAGACGAUGCGCAUCACGAAGGUCAGGCGCAACAAGUGUCCCACUUCGACCAAUUAGCUGGAGGCGCCGUCGACGACACUUCUGUCAAGGAUGCUGCGCCGCUGAUUAUUGCACCGCAAGCGAACCGCAAUUGGAAAGAAGCGAGCAAGCGCAGGAAACAGCGCCAUGCUCUGCCGGCAGAGGCGCAGCAAGAGGUCACUGAGCAGGCAAUCAAGGAUCUAGAGGCCUCGAAGCCGCAAUAUGGGCUCAACGUGACCUCAAGGGAAAGCGAUGGUGGGGAGCCAGUCAUUAACGGCCAUAAUAUCCAGGCCGAAGCGGAAACAACGCAGCAAGCACCGCCGGAGUCGGAUGCCGAGGCAUCAGUCAAGCAAAAGACGGAUGACGAGAUUGCUAUGGACGCACUGUUGGGGAAGACUGUGAAAACAGAUCUGGUACUUCCGGCCGUGUCGGAAGAAGAAGCGUUCGAGCGAGACUUCAGGGAGGCGCCGGACAUGUCUUCGCUGGACGACUACGCUAGGGUACCCGUUGAUCAAUUUGGCGCUGCACUGUUGCGAGGCAUGGGCUGGAAAGACGGCGAAGGCAUAGGCAGCAACAAGGGCAAGAAGAUGGAAAAGACAAAGCUACCGGAGCGAAGACCAGCUUUGCUUGGCAUUGGCGCAAAAGAAGAGGCUGCGGUAGCGCAGGAAAUGGGCGCUUGGGGCAAGGCGGCACGGAAAGGUGCUGAAGUGAAAAUAUACAACCCGGUGUUACUGAAAGACAAGAUAACUGGUAAGCUUUAUACCGAGGAGGAGCUGCAGAAGAAGCGCGAGAAUGAGGAGCGCGAAAGGCACGAGGCCGAGUUUGAACAGAAGGAGCGCGAGCGUGAGCAUAGAAAGCGACGUGGAGAAGACGGAGAGCCCGACCGCCGAGGUGAAAGGCACAGACGAGACGAUCCGUCGAAGUGGGACCGGAAACGCAGAGACGGAAAGGAUGAUCGCGACAGAAGACGGCACGAACGCAACACGGACGAAGAGUCCUACCGGAUUACGGAACGUCACCGCCGCGAUCGUGAACGAGACGACAGCGGGCACGAUCGCAGACACUACAGCGACCAACAUCGGCAGCGUGACAGAGAUCGAGACCGUCGCCGGUAAAGCGUCGCUUGGAUGCAACGAGCUUCGAUAUCAUUUCCUACGAUAGACAGGCAGCCUUAAUGAAGACUGGCGCCGGAGUUGUCGAGCGGCAGCCUUGAGCGCUUGGCUUAUAACAUGUAGGUCAAGCAAUCUCAUGUGACAAGUUCGUCUGACUCUACCUUUACUUUCGCGUUGCGUUCUUCUCAUCAUCAUCAGACUUACCAUCUUUCUGGUCGAAUGGGCAUCUAGAAGAGCAGCCUUCUAGUAUAAGUGGCCGAUUCACAUACAAGCGUC